UGAUUUAUAGCAGGUACAAAGAUACAGAAACCUAUUAUCCUAAACCUAUUAUCCUACUUCCUAAGGAAGAAUGUUAUGGCAAAAGAAAAAGAUCAUGAGUGAGUUUGAUAUAAUAUUAAUAUUAAUAAAUAUAUAUACGUACGUGUGGGUGAGUGUGUAUUAUGUUUCAAUAAAUAUUUUCUUGUGCAACUUCUUCUUCAGCUUAAUAUUCACUAUUUAUUCACAAAAAUAUGAAUUUAUUAUUACUGAAAUAAUAAUAAUAAUAAAAUGGAACGCAAUAUGCAAGACAUAGUGUACGGUGUGCAUAAUACGCAAAUGCAACGAAACAAGAUAAAUUGAAAAAGUAUUACCUAUACAGAAUGUGACUGUUGUGAAAAAUAUAGGAAUUCUAUAUUAAAUCCAUAGAUUUACUAGAGAUAUUAUAUGUUCGAGUAAACCAACGAUAACGAGAAAUGUUUGAAGGAGUUAUAUGAAAAUACUGGAGAAAAUGUAUUUUUCCCAUAACUAUGAAUUAUUUUCCACAAAAAAUACUCCCAUAAAUGUCCACGUCGAAAUAUGAAAAUAAUAUGUAAUAAUAUCGUGCUGUAUAACGUCAUAAAACGACUGUGAUUGAUGUCCAAGCUUUUUUUCUUUUUAUUUUCAUGUAAUAGAUAAAUGUUCAAAAUAUAACUGUGGUUUAAAGAACGACUAUCGAUCGACUAUCAUAUCUAAUUUGACAAAUUGCCCGAGAGCUAUUUCUCACAGGGAUAACACAAUUUAGCAUUAUUUACAGACUAUAAUUUUUAUACUGACUGGCACGAAUUUUGCAGUAUCAAUUUCGCAGAAGAAAAUUACGUAUAGUUAAAGCUAUAUCGAUUGGAAAUCUAUUAUACGUAAAGAAGGAAGAUUGUCGAUCAUUAUUUGCUUGACACUCUAAAUAACAGUAACAGCUUAUACGAAGUUGAAACCUCGGAAUCGAUAUUAAUAUCCAUAGUUUUCGAGCAAACUAACUAAAUCGUUCAUUCCACGAUGGACUUCUUUGAGCAACGAUAUUACGUGAUCAAUAAACGUUUUAUGUCUUUUUUUGAUGAUAAAAGUAACUGAAUUAGGAGUAACUGAUAUCGAUGCUUUCAUUGAAUGCAUCCCUCCCAUAGUGGUGAUAAAGAGUUCCAUGGUAAAAGCUUUCACUGUCGGUUUUCAUAUAAAUCACUUUCAAGUGCUUCUAAAACAUAUUGAAGAAGAUUGGCGAAAUUUGAAAGAUGUUAAAGAAAUGGCAAUUCUUUCAGAAUAUGCCGAAAGUGGUCGAAAAUUUACAAUAUGGUAUACGUUCUAUAUAAGUUUCACAACGUUAUUAUAUUUGUCAUUACCUCUAUCACCGAUCGUUCUUAACAUUUUAUCUCCGUUAAAUGAGUCAAGAAAAAUGGAACUUCUUUUUUGUACGGAAUAUUUUGUAAACGAGGAAGAUUAUUUUAAUGAAAUUUUAUUUUAUGAUUAUGCAAUUGCUGUAUUAGUAGUUGCAGUAUUAAUUGCAACUGAUACAAUGUAUAUGGUAUAUUCAGAACAUGCUUGUGGUAUAUUUGCAAUUGUAUGUUAUCGAUUAAAUAAUAUAGGUAAAUACGAGAAUAAAGAAGAAAAAUAUGACAACGAUUUUUUUAAUAAACCAAAAGAUGAUAAUUACGACGAAAUACAAGAUGAAAAAAAUUAUCAAGAACUUUCAUUAUGUGUCAAAAAGCAUAAACAUGCCAUUGAAUUCGUUGAAUUACUCCAAACAUGUUACACAGAAUCUUUAAUAACACUAUUACUACUUAAUGUAGUAGGUAUAAGCAUUACAGGAGUUCAAACUAUAAUCAAUAUACAUAAUUUGUCAGACGUAUUCAGAUUUGGUUUUUUAACAUUAGGUGAAGCAUUUCAUCUUUUUUUCUUAACAUUACCAGGUCAAAGAAUAAUAGAUCACAGUGCUAAAAUAUUUGAAGAUAGUUACGACUCAUGUUGGUACGUACUUUCCUCGAGAUGCAAAAGAACGCUUAGUUUAAUACUAUUACGUAGUAUGACACCAUGCCAAUUAAUGGCUGGUGGAUUAUAUUCCAUGACAUUAGAGAAUUAUGUUUCGCUAGUUCAAACGGCUAUGUCUUACUUUACGGUAUUAUCAUCGGUACGAUAAAAUCUAGCAAAAAUUGCAACAUCGAGCAAAUUUAAAGCCGUCACUUCAAUUACAAAUCUCUGUGUAUUAUCGUUAAACAUUAAUAGUUAAUUGUAAUAAAAGAAUUUAAACGUCAUAGAAAAUUCAUGAGGUGUGAAUAAUAUUUCAACAACAACAAAAAUCAUACAUUUAAUAUGAUAUUAUAAAAAAUAAAAAGACGAAUUACAAGAUGGAAAGAAUGUUUGAGGGAGCAACGAUUGGCGAAACGUAUUAAUACGAAAGCCAUAACGAUUAGUGUAUGUAAUUAUGCUUUAUUUUCACCAACACGAGAUUAUUAACUUGUAAUAAAUCGUAAUAUUUCACAUUUUACUUA